UUUUAGUUUUGAUUUUGACUCUCCCUCACGUACCGAAGUUCCCUUUCUUUGGUUAUUCUCUCUCUCUCUCUCGCUAGCACGACCAAACCAAAAACAUAAAAAAGAAUAAUAAACUUGAAGGAUCUGAAGAAAAAAGGUUAAACAGGUUUAGUUUCAUUGUAGUUUCUUCCUGAAAGAUCAGAAAAGGAUGAAACGAGCAAGAGAUGAUAUAUAUUCUGGUUCUCAAUUUAAACGUCCGUUUAGUUCCUCUAGGGCUGAAUCGUAUGGGCAAAACCAAAUGCCUGGUGGAAGUAGCGGUCCUGGUGGAGGAGGUGUUGAAGGAGGAGGAGGAGAAGGAGGUGGAGGAAGUAUGCCACAGAAACUGACUACAAACGAUGCCUUAACGUAUCUAAAGGAAGUCAAGGAGAUGUUUCAGGAUCAAAAAGAGAAGUAUGACAUGUUCCUUGAAGUCAUGAAGGAUUUCAAGGCUCAAAGGACUGACACAGUUGGUGUCAUUGCCCGAGUGAAAGAGUUAUUCAAAGGGCAUAACAACUUGAUUUAUGGAUUUAAUACCUUCCUGCCGAAGGGGUAUGGAAUUACCCUUGACGAAGACGAGACUCCUCCGAGAAAGACAGUUGAAUUUGACGAAGCGAUCAGUUUUGUAAACAAAAUAAAGAAACGUUUCCAACAUGAUGAGCAUGUUUAUAAAUCAUUUCUGGAUAUAUUGAAUAUGUACCGUAGGGAGCACAAGGACUUAAAUGAGGUCUAUACCGAGGUUGCUUCUCUUUUCGAAGACCAUCCUGAUCUGCUUGAGGAGUUCACAAGAUUUUUACCAGAUUCUUCAGCAGCUCCUAUGACACAGCAAGUUCCAUAUGAUCGAAACUUAACUCAGCGCUAUAAUGAGCGAAGCUCUGCUACACCCUCCUUGCGGCAUAUACAAAUGGAUAAGCAACGUCGGAGGGAUAGAAUUAUUACUUCCCACCCUGAUAGGGAUCUCAGUGCUGACCGCCCUGAACUGGAUGACGACAAAUCAAUGAUGAAAAUACAAAAAGAGAUACAAAAAGAGCAGAGAAAACGCAUGGAAAAGGACAAUGGGGAUCAGAGAAUACAUGAUCAUGAUGAUCCUAAGCAUGAAAACAAUAGGGAUUUUAACUCGCAUCGUUUUGCUGACAAAAAGAGAUAUGGAAGGAAAGUUGAAGGAUUUGCUUCUUGUGAUGAGAGGGAUACUUUUAAAAGCAUGUGCAACCGAGGUUUUGUAUUCUGCGAGAAAGUGAAGGAGAGACUAUGCAGCUCAGACGACUACCAGGCAUUCUUAAAGUGCCUUAAUAUUUAUAGCAAUGGAAUAAUCAAAAGAAAUGAUUUGCAAAACUUGGUGACUGAUUUACUUGGCAAGUACCCGGAUCUUAUGAAUGAGUUCAAUAAGUUCUUGGAGCGUUGUGAGAAUACAGAUGGGCUCCUUGCCGGUGUUAUUAGUAGAAAAUCACUUACUCUUGACGGACAUACGUCCAGGCCAUUGGAGGAAAAAGAUAGAGAGCCAAAACGAGAAAUUGAAGGAGCUAAGGAAAAGGAGAGAUAUAAGGAGUAUAUGGGAAAAUCAAUACAGGAGCUUGACCUUUCUAACUGCCAAAAUUGUACUCCAAGCUAUCGGCUUCUUCCAGAUGAUUACCCAAUACCUGUAGCGAGUCAGAGAUCCGAGCUUGGCGCUAGUGUGCUGAAUGAUUAUUGGGUAUCUGUCACUUCAGGAAGUGAGGAUUAUUCUUUUAAGCACAUGCGCCGAAAUCAGUAUGAAGAGAGCUUGUUCAGAUGUGAGGAUGAUAGGUUUGAACUGGAUAUGUUGUUAGAAGCUGUGAGCUCAACGGCCAAGCGUGUCGAGGACUUGCUGAACAGCAUUAAUGAAAAUAAAAUCAAUAUGAAUUGCCCAUUUCGUGUAGAAGAACACUUUACUGUUCUGAAUUUGAGGUGCACCGAGCGUCUAUAUGGUGACCAUGGUCUUGAUGUAAUGGAAACAUUACGUAAAAAUCCUGCAAUUGCAUUACCCGUAAUUUUAACUCGACUGAAGCAGAAGCAAGAAGAGUGGACAAAGUGCCGUUCAGACUUCAACAAAGUUUGGGCUGAAAUUUAUUCGAAAAACCAUUACAAAUCACUUGAUCAUCGCAGCUUCUAUUUCAAGCAGCAGGAUUCAAAGAACUUGAGUGCAAAAUCUUUACUGGCUGAAAUCAAGGAGUUGAAAGAGAAGAACCAGAAAGAAGACGAUGUUCUUAUGGCUAGCGUUGCUGGUCACCGACAACCCCUUGCUUCACACCUUGAAUACGAAUAUUUGAAUGUCGACAUUCAUGAGGACUUAUAUAAGCUUAUUGAAUAUUCAUGUGAAGAGAUGUGUUCAACGAAAGAACAGUUAAAUCGAGUUAUGAGGCUCUGGACCACUUUACUAGAGCCCAUGUUUGGUGUUCCUCCUAGACUUAAUGGCAGAGAGGGUACUGAUGGUGCCGGUAAAGCACAGAAUCCUGCUGUAAACUGCACUGCUUUGAAUGUAGCUGAAAGUGAUGGAAGUCCUGGAGCUGAUGCUACUGUAAAUUCUGGCCAGCUAAAGGCUGCCAGUGAUGGAGACAAGAACAGUUCAUCUGAACUAACUAAUUCUUGCAGGAAUGAUUUGACAAAUGGGGAAACUUUAACCAGAGAACGCGACUCAAGAGAUGAUUCAAGGCUAGAGAAAGAGACCAAAUUUACAGCUGAUAAAAAGCCUGGAAUCCACAUGCAUGCAAAUGGAAUGGAAACAGUAAAUAAUCACAGCAGAAACAAUGUUGAAGGGGCAUCAGUUGACUUUCAAGGGAAAGGCAUAGCUGCAUCUAGACCUAGUAGCAGAGUUGCUGGUGAGGCUCAUGAAUCCGAAGCUAAUGCUGAUCUUGUACAUUCUUCGGAGGGUGUUGGUGUAACAAAACAUGCUUUAUUAGUAAAUGGAAUGCCUACAGAUGGCUCUAAUGCCAGUAGAUGUCACGAAGAAUCCGCUGGUUUCUCCAGAGUUGAAAAAGAAGAUGGUGAAUUAUCACCUAACGGUGAAUUCGAGGAGGAUAAUUUUGUUGCUUACGGUGAUACCUGUCCAAAGGUUGUGUAUAAGGCGAAGCGUGGUGUUGAAAGCAGACAGCACCAGUCUGGAAAUGGGAAAGACUUGCAUUCCGUGGAUGCUGAUGGAGAAAAUGAUGCGGAUGCUGAUGAUGAGGAUAGUGAAAAUGCCUCGGAGGCUGGUGACAAUGCAUCAGGCAGUGAGUCCGCUGGCGAUGAAUGCUUCCGUGAAGAGAAUGAAGAGGAGGAAGAGGUCGAACAUGAUGAAGUUGAUGGUAAGGCUGAGAGUGAAGGUGAAGCCGAGGGGACGGCUGAUACACAUGUGGGAGGAGAUGGCACGUCCUUGUCAUUUUCGGAACAUUUCCUCUUUACAGUGAAGCCUCUUUCAAAGCACGUACGAGCAGUUCUACCCGAAGAUGAUAGUAAUAAUUCUUGGGUUUUUUAUGCAAAUGACGAUUUCUAUGUCCUUUUCAGACUUCAUCAAAUCCUAUAUGAAAGAAUACUGUCAGCAAAAACAAAUACAGCGGCUGCUGAAAUAAGGUGCAAACAUCCAAAAGAUGCUAUUUCUUUGGAUUUAUAUGCCAGUUUUAUGGGUGCACUUUACAAUCUGCUCGAUGGAUCAACUGAUAAUUCAAAGUUUGAGGAUGAAUGCCGAGCUAUAAUAGGAAACCAGUCAUAUGUGUUGUUCACAUUGGACAAGUUGAUAUUUAAAUUGGUUAAGCAGCUUCAAGCUGUUGCAGCGGAUGGGAUGGAUAAUAAGCUUCUUCAAUUGUUUGACUAUGAAAAGUCCCGAAAACACUGGAAAGCAAUGGAUUCAGUGUAUUAUGAGAAUGCACGCGUCCUUCUUCAUGAGGAGAAUAUUUAUCGAUUGAAAUAUUCAUCUCCGCCAUCUCGUUUAUCUAUUCAGUUGAUGGACAAUGUCAUUGAAAAGCCCGAAGCAUUUUCUGUUUCCAUGGAACCUAAUUUUUCGGCUGUUUUGCACGACGACUUUCUGUCUGUCUAUCCCGGCAAAAAGGAGCCACAUGGCAUUAUACUAAAGAGAAACAAAAAGUAUGCAAAUUUAGAUGAAUUUGCUGCUACUUGCUUGGCCAUGGAAGGUGUUGAACUGUUUAAUGGUUUAGAGAACAAGAUAGCCUGCAACUCAUACAAGAUUUCAUAUGUGUUGGACACCGAAGAUUUCUUCUAUCGUAGAAGAACUUCAUCACGACACCGAUCUUCAUGCAAUAAUCAGGCUAGAAUACAACGGUUCCAUAGAUUUUUAUCUUCUUCGAAAUAACUGUGCGUUCUUUCUUAGACCGGCUCGAAAGGAACCAUCGGUGCGACCAGACUCUCGUAAAGGUUUUGAAACAGAGACAUGUCUUGUGUACGUUAAUAAUGGAAUGCUGGGAUGGAAGAAAAGAGGAAAUGUAAGCAUAUUUGUAGGAUGACAUGAGCAGGGAUCUGACCAGUUAUCCUGUGAAUAGGAUUGCAAUUUGCAUGGCGAACUGUAAAAAUAACAGGAAAAGAAAGGAUACUUAUUAAACAUGUUUCUUUUGGUCC